CGAGCGGCCUCGGCGGCGCUGCUGCCGCCGGUGCCCCGCACAGGGCUCAGCGGCGGCGGACGAGCAGGAGGAUGGCGCUGGCGGUCGCGGCGGCGGCGGGCACAGCAGCAGCGGCGGCGGGGCCGAGCGGCCGCGCGGCGGGAGCCAGCACCGUCCCGAGCAGCUCAUGGUGGCGCCCCAGACCCGCCGGCAGCGGCCGCGCCGGGGCCGCCAGCUGAGCCGGAUCCCGGCGGGCGGCUCUCCCCUCUCCGCACCGACCCACCGAGCGACCCGUCCCCCUCCCCCGAAGCUCCCUCUCCCCACUCCCCGGCGCGACCCGCGCCUCGGAUCGCCCCCGCCGGGGCCGGACUGCCACCACCCCCGGGCGCCGCGGGGAAGGCGGCGAAGGGCACCGGGCAGCGCCAGGCGGCGGCGGGACCAUGGGCGCGAAGCAGAGCAGCCCCACCGCCGCCAAUGGCCGCACCCGGGCGUACUCGGGCGGGGAUCUGCCUUCCUCGAGCAGCAGCAGCAGCGGCGGCGGCGGCGCUAACGGGACCGGCGGGCGCUCGGCGGGCGGCGGCGGGCGCUACGCGCACCUGGCGGCGGCGCCUCACGCUGCUGCCGGCGGCGCGGCGGCCGCGGCGGCCGGAGGAGCGGCGGCGGCGGGGAGCGCCGCGGGGUCGGCACCCCGGAGCAGGUCCUUAGGGGGAGCCACGGCCUCCGGGGCCCGGGCGGCGCAGUCCGCCUUCAACAUCCCCCACAGCAGCGGCCCCUACGGCUCGCAGGACUCGGUCAGCAGCACCCCGGAGGAGGGCGGCCGGGAGCGGCCCGCGGGGGGCGGCGGCGGCGGCGGCUCCUCCGGCGGGCCCCGGCUGGUGAUCGGCUCGCUGCCCGCGCACCUCUCGCCGCACCUGUUCGGAGGAUUCAAGUGCCCUGUAUGUUCAAAAUUUGUAUCUUCUGACGAAAUGGAUUUACAUCUUGUGAUGUGCUUGACAAAACCAAGGAUAACCUACAAUGAGGAUGUGCUGAGUAAAGACGCUGGGGAGUGUGCAAUAUGCCUGGAAGAGCUGCAGCAAGGAGAUACUAUAGCACGGCUGCCUUGCCUCUGCAUAUAUCAUAAAGGCUGCAUAGAUGAAUGGUUUGAAGUAAAUAGAUCUUGCCCUGAACAUCCAUCAGAUUAAGACAAGAUUCAUAUUUUUAGCUGCUUCCACUGAUCAGAAAACAUAGGAGAUGUGAGGUUCUCUUGCUGAACACAGCGUGCCUGGCUUGAGACUUAGUUCUUUGUGGCUGAAAAAGGCAAAGAUGGACAGUGACACGGAGAAAGCAUUGCAGACACCGUUACUUGACAGUAGUGCUCAGUAUACCAAACACUCAUGCAAAGGACACACAGGGAUUUUGAAAAUGCUGCACAUCCUGUAACAAUCGACUCCCCAGAGACAUUACUGACACUGUUUUGUAUCGAAGGCCAAAGUUCCAAACUUCAGCCUAACUUCUGGUUCUGUGAAGAAGCGAGUUAUUGGACAUGUUUCCUACUGCCUCCAGUGGAAGCGGAGACGUUCGAUACGUGCUAUCUGAGACCCUUGCAGGGGGACGGCCCCAGAUUGGAGUGGGAACGUUGUCACCUUCUCGUUGGCUGAAGAACAGUGAAUGGCAAACUAAAUAAAAUCUAACAGUGUGACCUUAA